AUGCGCUCGUAUGUGAGAUCCUGUGCAGUGUCAGCUGGGAUCUGUUGUCUUAAGAGCUCGAUGAAUGCCAGGAAUCUGCGGCAGUUGCUUGCAGGGGAGGCAGGAGUUUGCUGGGACGAUGCGAGGUUGUGUUGGCAUCCCUUGGCAGAUCAGCGUCAGCGUGUGCCCCCACAGAGUCUUGAGCACUCCACGAUUCCCUUGAAAGUGGUUCAGUGGGAUCCUGCUGCAGUCCUCCUUGCGUGUCUUGACUCUGCAGACUCCCAGCUGCUUGGUGCAUCGAGCCCGACAGCAGCCUCUGUGCGUGAGUCUGCUACUUGUGCAGAAAACACACAAUCCAGUCUGGAACGCGUCGCGGCCUCAACCUUUGGCGCGCGUCGGUUCCCUUGCCCUUGGGCCCGUGCGUUCCGUGUCUAUGUUUUCCAGAGCCAUGCGUGA